UCCCCUGAAAACCGGAACAUCCGGUUGUUGGGGACUUGGCAGAGAGGCUACAAAUGGAGCAACCAACAGCUACUUUCCUUGAAAUAUAGUUGCCAACACUGCGGCUCAGCUGGUACUCUAGGAAACAUGGCAGCCGUCAGUAAAUACCUGACAGCUAAAAACUCCUCAAUAGCUGGGGGAGUCCUACUCGCUUUAUGCAUCCUGAAGCAAAGAAGAAGAGGAGGCAAGUCAAGCGGUAAAAAAGGGGGCUCAGAACUGGUGUUGAGCAAGGAAGACAAAGCAGCUAAGAAAGACCGGGCGGCGGUGGACUAUGUCUUCUUCCUCAGAAUCAGCAAGAUCCUCCGGAUCAUGGUGCCUCGGUGGUUCUGCAAAGAGACUGGAUACCUUCUCUUCAUCGCUGCUAUGCUGGUGACCCGGACAUACUGUGACGUAUGGAUGAUCCAGAACGGAACCAUGAUUGAAAGUGCAAUUAUCGCUCGCAACAACGCAGAUUUCAAGAACUACUUGUUCAAGUGUUGCAAAGCUAUGCCAAUUUUUGCCUUGGUGAAUAACCUCUUGAAGCUGGGUCUGAACGAGCUGAAGCUGAAGUUCAGAGAGAGGCUGACCAAACAUCUCUACGACGAGUACCUCAAAGGAUACACAUACUACAAAAUGGGCAACCUGGAUAACCGCAUCGCCAACGCUGACCAGCUGCUGACUCAAGACGUAGAGAAGUUUUGUAACAGUGUGGUUGACCUCUACUCCAAUCUCAGCAAGCCUCUCUUGGACAUUGGACUGUACAUCUUCAAGCUGACGUCUGCCAUCGGAGCCCAGGGCCCAUCGAGUAUGAUGGCCUACCUGCUGAUCUCAGGCCUGUUCCUGACCAGACUGCGGAAGCCCAUCGGUAAGAUGACUGUCAUUGAGCAGCGCUACGAGGGAGAGUACCGAUACGUCAACUCACGACUCAUCACCAACAGUGAGGAGAUUGCCUUCUACAAUGGCAACAUGAGAGAGAAACAGACGAUUCAUUCAACAUUUAAGAAACUGGUCGACCAUUUGCACAAGUUCAUCUUCUUCCGCUUCUCUAUGGGCUUUGUAGACAGCAUGAUCGCCAAGUACAUGGCCACCGUGGUGGGCUACCUGGUGGUAAGUCGGCCCUUCCUCAAUCUGUCCGACCCCCGCCACAUGAACAGCACCCAAGCUGAGCUGAUGGAAGACUAUUACCAGAGUGGCAGGAUGCUGCUGAGUCUGGCCCAGGCUCUGGGAAGGAUCGUACUGGCUGGCAGAGAUAUGACCAGGCUUUCCGGGUUCACCAUGCGUAUCACUGAGCUCAGGAAGGUCCUGAAAGAACUGAACUCUGGGAAAUACGAGCGUACCAUGGUCUCCCAUCAGAACAAAGAAUCAUUAGGUGUAGAAAGAGUCACACUGGUCCCGGGCAGCGGACAGAUCAUCAACGUAGACCACAUCAUCAAGUUUGAACACACACCACUAGCAACACCCAAUGGAGAUGUCCUGAUCAAGGACCUGACCUUUGAAGUGCGGUCUGGUACCAACGUGUUAGUGUGUGGGCCCAAUGGCUGUGGCAAGAGCUCACUCUUCAGAGUACUGGGAGAGCUCUGGCCUCUGUUCGGAGGGCAGCUGACCAAGCCUGAGCGAGGGAAGCUAUUCUACGUUCCUCAGAGACCCUACAUGACCAUUGGCACGCUGAGGGAUCAGGUGAUCUACCCUGACACCUAUGAGGAGCAAAAGAGGAAAGGCAUCUCUGACCAGGUGCUGAAGGAGUACCUGGGCAACGUCCAGUUAGGUCACAUCCUGGACAGAGAGGGGACUUGGGACACCGUGCAGGACUGGAUGGAUGUCCUCAGUGGAGGAGAGAAGCAAAGGAUGGCGAUGGCAAGGUUGUUCUACCACAAACCUCAGUUUGCCAUCUUGGAUGAGUGCACCAGUGCUGUGAGUGUAGAUGUGGAAGACUUCAUCUACAGUCACUGCAGAACGGUUGGCAUCACUCUGUUCACUGUCUCUCACAGAAAGUCUUUGUGGAAACACCAUGAGUACUACCUUCACAUGGACGGAAGAGGGAACUACGACUUCAAACCUAUCACCGAGGAGACCAUAGAGUUCGGCUCCUAGAUGAGCGUCAACUACACACACACACCAUCCUCCGGCCUGGAGAAAGGCGCCUAUUAAUUCUGCACUUAAAACAAACCUAGACUACUGUUUUUAAUAAAUUGUAACCUCUUUUGUUGUUUUCUUUUGACAAGAUGUAUUUAAAUGAUCAGAUAUGUUAGUCUGGUUAAGUAAGCAUUUGUCAACGGUGAUUGUAUGUGUUUGUGUUAAACGCUCUACAACAAA